GCAUGUUAAUGACUUGUCCUUCUGUUUUCAACAUAUCAGAAAUAUGCCUUUGUUUCUAGGCUAUUACUGUGGCAACCAACUGCCAAGUGGGGAAUGUGACGCAUGGUAUAACUGCCCCAGUAGCAUUACAACCCCUGACUUCAUCAUCUGCCCAGAGGGUCAAUACUGCACUGAAAGCACAGUAAACCAAAUCCAGUGCCCAAUUGGGACAUACAGCAAUGUAAGAAUGAAGAAUGAUACAAAAUGUUUCCCAUGUCCUGGAAACUUUGAGACUGAGGGUUUUUUAAAACCAAGGUGUGAUCCUGGAUACUAUUGUCCAAUAGGCUCAAUAUGGAGUGGUGCCCGAGCGACUGUCUGCCCAGUUGGACAUAACUGCUCUGAGGGAACUUGCCCGGGUCCUAUCCCCAGCAAAACCAACAACUAUGUGAACUACACCCAGGAUAUGAAGUGCUACCUCUGCCCCCCAACACCUUCAGGU